GAAUUUCCAUAUGCCACAGGUGCAGCCCUAAAAAGCAAUAAAUAAAUAAGUAAAUAAAUAAUUUUUUUAAAAGACCAGGUAAUAGGUAGACUUUACCAAAAAAUGUUGCAUGAAACAGAGAGAUCCUAGGAGACCUAAAAUACACUUUAACUUUACUGAUUUUUUUUUUUUAGUGGCAGUGGAGUCCACAUAACAAAAUUAAUUGUUUUAGAGCACUGAAUUCUAAUUUAGUGCACUGAGUUUUUUCAUAUUGUUGUACAAGGGUCAGUCUCCUCUACCUAGUUCCAAAAACACUUUCAUCACCCCCAAAGGAGACCCUCUACCCCUUAAAGCAGUCACUCCCCAGGCCCUGCUUCCCCAGCCUCUGGCCAUUAGCAAUCUACUUUCUGUCUCUGUGGAUUUACCUAUUCUGGAUAUUUUGCAUAGACGGAAUCAAACAACAUGUGGCUUUUUGGGACCCAGUGUCUUUUUUAGACAAUCACCCCCCGCCCCCAAAACUACCAUCUCUUGCCAAGAUCAGGGGAUAAACUUUCUAAUUAGAAAGAAUGAAGGCAAACUCUCGACUUGAAUUCAUAGUUCAAAUGUCCCACAGAAGUAUCUUUCCAUCUUUAUAAAUGACAUCUCUGCUCUCCCCAAAGCACAGUGCUGGGCAUCUGCCCAUCAGGACAGAUGAGCCCUGCAGGAAGGGAGAGCAGAAAGGCCUGAGGCGCCUGCAGGCUGCCCUGGGACCAGGCCAGGACAAGGGACCCAGGGGCCAUCAUGCAGGGUUUGGGGCAGGGGGGAAGGUGCUACAGGAAGGCCCUGGCCCUCAACACACAGUGACCGCCCUGGGAUCCUCCUCUGAGGAGUCCGCUGCCUCCUCCGACCACACCUUGUGUGUGCCAUUCGGGAAAACCCGAGUUCAUCUGCUAAAUUCAGGAUACAACCCUGGCUGUUCCGGGCUUUUCUUUCUGCCUUUCCCUAAUCGCAUCUGGGCGUGCUCUCUUAAAGGGGAAGUGGUGCGUUCUGACUGGCCAGGGCCCUCAGCCAGCAGCCAGGAAACAGCUCCCACGAGUCGCGCUGCCCAGCGUGUCACUGGCUCAGCCUCCUUAUCCAAACGGCAAGGCUGUCUCCCCGGGAUGUGAGACUGUGGCCUGCACUCCUGAAACUGGACAGAAAUCAAGCAGCCGUGGCCUCUCCUUACUCAGCCUGUGUCCCUUAAACAGUGCGCUCCCGUCGGAUUCUCAUAAAUGGAGUCAUUUUAAUUCAGGGGCAGGGAGAAGGCGGAGAACUGCCCCCUUAGGAACGCACUACGCGUAAUUUUUUUAAUCUACAUUUUCAGGUGUAGGGGAACUUCUCUGAAGUGCCUCCUGUGCCUUGGUAGCGUGGCAGCCACCUUCCUGGUGUUAUCAAUCCUCACGCGCUCGUUUCUUCCACAGCGAGUGUAGCGAGUGCCUCUUGGGGCCAGCCCCUGGGCUGAAUGCCAGGGACGGGAGAGGGUACAAGACACCUGCCCUGGGUGCAUCCACAGACAGGAGGCCUAGACCAGUAAAUUAGUCCUUACAACGUGGGAUGUGUGCCGGGGUGGGGGACGGGAGGGAGGCUCAAUGUACUAUAGGGACACCUGCCCACUUGUCACCUUCUGAUGUGGGUGUUAUUGUUUCUGCGGUAUAGGUAAGAAACCUGGGGCUCAGGGGGUUAAGUUAUUUGCCCAAGUCACAGAGCUAAUGAAUGACAGAGCUGGGAUUCGAGCCCAGAUCUUUCUGAUUCCAAAGACAGCAGUGUUUGGUCCACAUUUCCUGUGUCUCCCAAAGCUGGUGCAGAGCAAGAGAAUGACCUCGGGACCUUUUCAAAAACACAGAUUUGGGGGCCCUGGCCCUGCUCUCACAAGGAGAGGAGCCCAGUGCAGCAGCGGGCAGUCUCAGAGAGAAGACACGGUUCAAUGUGCAGACCUUCUCCCUCUCCGGCGUCUCCACCCUCCAAUUCUAGGACAUCACUAGUACAGGUGAAAACAAAAGCCUGUCUCAGCGGCCAUAACUCUGCCAGCAGCACCUCAAAGCCAUUCAAAACGCCCAAAGACAAUCUCCUUACCUCCAGCAGCAAACAGCACACAAUCUUUCCUGCGAAGGGAUCGAGGGACAAACCAUGUGUUCCGGUUCCCGUAGUCAGUUUAGAGAAAAUUCCUAACCUAGUGAAGGCAGAUGGUGCCAAUGUCAAAAUGAACUCUACAACCACUACUGCGGUCUCUUCCUGCUCCACCUCAUCCUCUGCCGUCUCCGCCCCGCCGUUAAUUAAGCCAGUCUUGAUGUCCAAGUCCGUGCCACCUUCCCCAGAGAAGAUAUUAAACGGCAAAGGAAUUUUGUCUGCCGCAAUAGACAAGAAACACCAAAAUGGCACCAAAAACAACAGCAAGCCUUACAGGAGACUUUCAGAGAGAGAAUUUGACCCAAAUAAACACUGUGGAGUAUUGGAUCCCGAGACAAAGAAACCUUGCACAAGAUCCCUCACCUGCAAGACUCACUCACUAAGCCAUCGGAGGGCAGUCCCAGGCCGGAAAAAGCAAUUUGACCUCCUUCUGGCGGAACACAAAGCCAAGUCCCGGGAAAAAGAAGUUAAAGAUAAAGAGCAUCUCCUGACUUCGGCAAGGGAAGGACUUCCAAACCAGUCCGGGCCGGCGCAGGACUCGCUGCCAGGAUCUUCAGGGAGCUCGGGCCCAGAACCUAAAGUCGCGUCCCCUGCAAAAUCCAGGCCACCUAAUUCUGUGCUUCCUAGACCAUCAUCUGCAAAUAGCAUAAGCAGCAGCACAUCUUCAAAUCACAGUGGCUACACUCCGGAACCCUCUCUGCCCCUAGUUGGAGGUGACCUCGCCAGCCGACUGUCGAGUGAUGAAGGGGAGAUGGACGGAGCCGACGAAGCUGAGAAGUUAUUAGACUGUCAUUUCUCCACCCACCACCCCAGACCUCUCGCGUUUUGCUCAUUCGGGAGUCGCCUCAUGGGACGAGGGUACUAUGUGUUUGACAGAAGAUGGGAUCGUUUUCGAUUCGCACUAAACUCCAUGGUAGAAAAACACUUGAAUUCACAGAUGUGGAAGCACAGAAACCCGAGCCCCAGGGCAUCAGGUCCCUCCCCCCUUUUCAGGACUUGCCUAACCAAUCUGCUGUCACUGAGCAACAUUGGGGCUGCCUGGGUGUCAACUCUGGAGAGCGUAGCACCCCGCUGCCCUCUCAACCUCGCUGCCCAAACCCCAGGCCCCGACGGGCCCGAACCUGGAGGGAUGGCAGCCGAUGGGGGCGUGGAAGACAUUAGGAAGAAAAGGAACGGCCAAGACUCUUUUUUCUUUAACAAGCAUUUAACUCUGCAUCAGGAGACGCCAGCACAGUAUUCUCUUUCAGCCAGGAAGAUCCCUCCUGCGGCAGAUAGCCCCAUGCCCUCGCCAGCAGCCCACAUCACUACCCCCGUUCCAGCAUCCGUUUUACAGCCUUUCAGCAACCCCAGUGCUGUGUAUCUUCCUUCAGCUCCCAUCAGCUCGAGACUCACCUCUUCUUACAUAAUGACAUCAGCCAUGCUCUCAAAUGCAGCUUUUGUGACAUCGCCGGACCCGAGCGCCCUCAUGUCACACACCACAGCUUUCCCUCAUGUGGCCGCAACCCUCAGCAUCAUGGACUCAACCUUCAAGGCCCCAUCUGCCGUGUCCCCGAUACCAGCCGUCAUCCCUUCCCCAUCCCACAAGCCAUCCAAAACCAAAACCAGCAAAUCCUCAAAAGUCAAAGACCUGUCCGCCCGUAGCGACGAGUCUCCAAGUAACAAAAAGAGGAAGCCGCAGUCUUCGACUUCCUCCUCCUCCUCCUCCUCCUCAUUAUCCCUGCAGACACCCCUCUCGUCCCCAUUAUCAGGGCCCCACAAAAAGAACUGUGUCUUGAAUGCCAGUUCAGCUUUGAACUCCUAUCAGGCGGCCCCUCCCUAUAACAGUCUGUCUGUGCACAACUCAAACAAUGGGGUGAGCCCACUCAGUGCCAAACUGGAGCCCUCAGGACGGACCUCGCUGCCCGGCGGCCCCGCGGACCUAGUGAGACACGUGGGCUCGGUGGGCGGCAGCAGUGACUCCUGUCCCCUCUCUGUGCCCUCCCUUGCAGGGGACCUCUCUCUGGCCUCACACAAUGCCGUGUCUUCUCUGCCCCUCUCUUUUGACAAAUCAGAAGGAAAAAAGCGUAAGAACUCGAGCUCUAGUAGCAAAGCCUGUAAAAUCACUAAAAUGCCUGGAAUGAAUAGCGUUCACAGAAAGAACCCGCCCAGCCUUCUCGCACCGGUGCCCGAUCCCAUUAACAGCACCUCCUCUCGGCAGGUUGGGAAAAGCAGCAGCCUAGCUUUGUCGCAAUCCAGUCCUUCAAGCAUAUCCAGCCCAGGACACAGCCGACAGAAGACCACAAACAGAACGGGCAGGAUAAGGACUCUUCCAUAACAAGACUAUGAAGCCACUUCCAAACCAAUGCCUGGCCACCGGACCCCACCCUAGGAGGCAUAGGCUGGAGGAGGGAGGGAAGUGGGCAGUGGGGAGAGUCUGUUUCCUGCGUCCUGCCUGUGGCUCUAGCCUUUUUUCUUCUUUUUUUUAAUUGACCAAUUUUUAAUUUUGAGGAAAAAGGCAAAAGAACGUGAUUUUGAGAUUUACAGAAAAAAAAUACCAGUGUUUUGUUUCCGUUCUUUCAUUUGCCACGUGUAUACCUUCUUCCAAGUUUGGGGUCACUCCUAGCUUCUGAUGCUGCUGCUGCAUCCUUUCGCUCCAACCAUAGGAGCAGACAUUGCAGAAUGUCCAUUCCUGGUUACAUCAUCUGAAACUCUUGAACUUGAGCACAUGCAGUGCUCCCUUCCUUGUCCUUUCCCACCUAUCUCUUCCAUCCCCUCCUACCUGUUACUCUCUAGGUCCCCACUGGCCAUUCGAGGAGCAAGCUCUCCCAAGCUUCCCUUUAGAUAGUGUGCUGGGGGAGGGGCUUUGCCGGGGGAGCAGCCUGUGAUUGGGGAGCAGAGAGCUGGAGGUGGGCUGAGUGCCCUCACCAGGUUUCUAGGCUGCCUAGCACAGCAGGAGGAGCCCGAUGCUGUAAGCAAAUUUGAAAAUAGUGGUCAUUUAAUGAUGGGGCUUCCUCAGUACCACUGCCCAGUUGUGUAGCUCGGAGAGGAUGUGCGGGGUCAGGGACAGGGACGGGAACCAGCCUGGGAGGUGACAGGAAGAUAGCCUCAAAAGAUGGUAGGGACUGAGUGACUGGGUUAAUCUGAUGUGUAAGGCAUCCAGGCUGCAAAAUCCCUUCCGAGGCACCGUGUACGAGGGCGCUUAGCCGAGCGAGCCACAGGGAAGGAAUUCCAGGGAAGAGGGUACGAGACCCCAAGAAGUCACUCAGGAGGAGGCAGGGUGCCCCCUGGGCUAAGCAAGAGGAGAAAAGGCAAGGCCAGAAGGAAGGGCCUGGGGAAAAGUCGCUGUAAAAGGUUAACUGCCAAAGCCCCAGUGGGAAUAAACACUGGCCUCCCCCCCAUCCCCCAUCCCCACCCCCACCCUCACCCCCCACCCCCGACCUCCACCUCCACCUCCGUGCUCUGGGCCACAGGGCCCUGUGGACUCAGCACAUCCCUAGAUCCGCUCAUGCUAGGUUGUGAGAGGCUCCCACCCCGAUCCAGCCACCCCAGGAAGGUAAGACCACUGCUUCUGGAGAAGAGCCAUGUGCAAGAUUCCGAAGGGAGCAGCUGGAGGCUUGCAGCUAUAAAACUGUUCACACUGGAGUUUUGAAAGAAACAACAAUACCAUAAGCUCUAAUUGGGAAUCCUAAUCAGGAAAGGAAUUCAUGACGUCUCAUAGGUUUUUCUGUGCUACGAAUCAUGUCACUUAGUGUAAAGGUAGAGAUACUAGGAGGUUUUACUUCAGCCCUAAGUCAGAAAUGAAUGCCAGUUUCGCAGCUGGAUGUAAACCCUCAUCCCCACCCUGAAGUUUUCCUCUUCUUUCCCAUUCCCCCCAAACCCAAAGAUCAGACUACUAUUCAAUUUUACCAUAUGAUCGGAUUUUUUGAAGAUGGGAGGCAAACGGAGUGAUUUGCAUCAAUGGAAUUGCACUGACAGUGUUUCUUAAUAGGAUUACUAAAAUUUUUAAUAUAAAAUGAAGAUUUUUUUUUAAAAAUCAGGAGUUGAUAUUAGGUACUAGGACAUUAGUUCAGAUGAUUUCAUUUUUAUUUCUACAGUGUUAAAAGUGCACUUAUAUGCUGGUUUAUUUCCAUCUUGGGAAAAAGAGACUACAAAUUGAAGGGAAGAUUAUUACUUUUUCUUUAAAAAAAAAAGGUUAAGGCAGAUUUUAAGACUUAUAAAUGUUUAAGAAAUUAUAAACAAGGUUAGACCCUUUGAAAAAAAAGUUUAGAAAAUAUUCUUAAAGUAAAUUUUUAUAGUGUUAAUUUUGUAAUAAUUUAUGUUUUACUAUAUUACAGAGCUAACUGACCAGAAUAGUUUCAGAAACAAUAUGAAACUUAGGAAAGUUGAAGCAAUGUUUAUAUUUUUAAAAUGUUCUUUGAAUUAUGUUUUUAUUGUACAUUUCUUCAGACUGAAAAGUAUGUACAUAUCUUUGUUAUUUUUGCACAAUUUUCGUCUUGUUCGGUUUUAGAAGUCUUUUUUUUUAUAAUUUAUUUUGCAUUGUCAUACUUGCAGGAGUAAAAACAAACAAACAAACAAAAUCUCAGCAACAAAAUAACCCUCUGAUUUAUAAACUCUUACACUCAAAGAGGGAAAACAAAGGUUGAGAGAUUAAGUGGCUGCUUCUGAGAAAUGCUGUCUCGACAGGGACUAAAGGAGCAAUUCAAUGGAUCUUAAACAUUUCAGCUCUCUACAUCUUGAGUUGCAAGCUGGAUUAAAGAGGCUCCCCACUGAAUGCUGCUUACUUGGUGAAAGACUGGCUCUGACCAAGGUGAGGACAUUUCUGGAAAACUGAGCAAAAAGGGAAAGCCCACGGUGUUUCUUCCUUCACAGUCAACUACAGGUUUACUUUAUAAUGAUGUCAUCCAAAACUCACAGCUUGAAAAAUGGAAUGCAAAUAAAAGGUUUUCUUUUGGUUUGUUUGAAUGGAGUUCAACUGGACCAGCCUAUAAAGCAUUAUUAUUAGGGGGGUAUCCUUCGGGUACUUCUGUUCUGCACCCCCAACUCAGCCCUCUCUCCCAGCCCCUUGACUGCACACACCCUCAUCUGCCUGAAGAUCUCAUGACUUGUCGCCAGCCAUAGAGGCUCGAAAGCUCUGGUUGUUAAGCGUAACGCAAUGCAUAGACCUGUCAGC